CAACUAGCCCUCGCAUGCUCCGAACAGUCACAAGUGCGCCCGGUGCGAGGGGUAGCGAUGAGGCGGGUCUACGAGUUUAGACGAGGCAUCAUGUUACAAGCCAAUGAGUAAACCAGGCUAAAUACCCGACUGGUGGGUACCAGCUCCCCAUACCUUACUUCAGAAGCGGAACUAAAUGUUCACGGGGUGAGACAAGGUGCUCACCUACGUUCAAGCAGCAGUCCCUCAUUCUGUAGCUUAAAGCACCGGGACGGGUUGGCUGCGCUCUACUCUCCCUCGUGUAGAUAGCGUGUACAGACUAACUGGGCACCUGGGUGUGAUCUUGCACCAUGGCCUUGAUGAAUAUCGUCAAGGCAGUGACCGUUAGACUGGUAUUGUUUUUGCACAAUAUAGUCGCCAUCUGGAGAGUGACCGAUGUCUGGAAGAAUGACCAGUUCUGGUUGCUGACACUGGCCACAGUGCCUUUCAUUAUAGAAGGAAUAUACGUGGUUGUGAAGAAAGAGGGCAUCGAGUGGAAAUGGCUCUGUCCGUGUUUCCUCUUCUUCUUGAUGAGCACGAUGCCGGCUAUUUGGUUGCUGGAGAUCAAUCGCCAAGGACUGUUUGCCACCACCAACAUCACAGCCGUCACCGACAUCGCCAUUGCAGGGGUCCGGGUCCCGAUUCGGUUAACUCCAGACACCUGGGUAUUGGUGAUCGAGGAGAGUCUGCUCUAUCUGAUGAUCCUGGGCAGAUGGCUCCUGCCCCGUGGCGAAGUCAGUCGGGAGCAACUCUCUCAGCUUCUCUUCAGCUUCCUCGCUAUUGCCUCUGAUAUCAUGGAGUUGUUUUCCCUUUUUGACGAAGACGUCGUGAGAGGCAGCAUCGUCGUCACCUACGUGCUCCUGUCAGUGUGGACUUGGAGCAUUCUUCAGUUUACCUUAGUCUUAACCAUCUACAACCGGCCGCGGAGAGCCAAGGUCGUCGAGAAGACCACGUCAAUACUGAUGGAACACAAGGAGGGAGUCAAGUUGGAGAUCAUCGCCAUCUUCAUCAGUAUGCUAAUGCAGGAUGGCCCAUUCCUCUGUCUGCGAUUGUUCUGUAUGCUUCAGUUUCAGUUAUUCACGUACAGCGUGGUGUUCUUCACUGCCAAGAACUUGCUUGUGAUACUGCUGUUAGUGUACCGAUUGAGUAUCCUGUGUUCAGAGAACUACUGUAGAAAGGGACACAAAGGCGACGGGCAGGAUGAGCUUGAGUUUGAGAUGAAGAACGAAAAGAGUCCCCUGGAUGACAGAUAUGUUGCCGUUAAUGAAGGUUAUCAAAGUGAAAAACGUAAUGGUGGAGCUGUGAGACAAAGGUCAAGGCCAACGUCUGAAGCAGCUAGCAGUAUUGGAAGUUUGAAUAAACUAGGCAUUCGAGUGAGUCAUCCGGGAGAGACGGACGUCGACAAAGAGAGGUUGAGUCUCCGGUUCAGCAGUGGAGAAUCAGUUUCAAUGAAAUCGGAAGGACCGGAAGUUGAACACUUACCGGAACCCAUAGAGCAAUCAUCGGGAGAAGAAACCAUUCUUAAAAAGGCAGAUUCGCUGGAAUCCUGUCAUUUGUGACAUUAGAAUGCCCAACAUUUGUUAUCUUGGCCUUAUCAUUCUCAAUCCAAUCGAUGCAUUGUCCAAAUGGAAAAGCGUUGCGGGCAUCCUUCAAGAAGAGAGCUUGAAAGCACUUUCAUUUGGCAUGUCCGGAAGGAAAUUCGCGACGAUGGUUCGUUGACGACGAAGACAUGAAUACGACUUAGGUCUGAGUAGAGCGAUGUGGAAUGAUGGAAAUCUUCGCCUGUCGACUGGGAAGAAAUCCGAAGACGCGAUACCUAUCCCAGUUCAGUUUCAUACGUUGCUCUUGAAGAAUUAGCAGCCAGACACCCGUUCCGAGUCUGGUAACAGACUUUGCUCUAACACCUUGCUGGAAGUCUUUUAACAGGCCAUUGCUGCAUUGCUUGAAUUGGUCGUCGUCUCUGCUGAGUGACCUGAUCAAGUUUCGUCCCACCUCUGCUACCCCCUACUCUGCUAAAAUAUAUUUUGUUAUAAAACUUCGUGAGCUCGAAAUCCCAUCGUAUAUGUUACUCAAAAGUAGAACACUUGUAUUUUAUCAUGAUGCUAUAGCUCAUCGUCAUGGUUCAUGGUCCAUUUUCUUAUAUGACUGUUGUUACUCUCAGGGCACAUAACUUAACACAAGUUACGUAAAAGAAGGAUGUCCUCCAACGUAUUUCGAGUAAUAUAUUUGUCGCAUUACCCAUAUUUCAUCGGAUCCUAGAACCUGAAAUAUCAAAGCUAGACCACCAAAGAUAUAUAUUGUUAUGAGGUAGUUCAUCUGGAAGGGAGGGUACAUACUGACAGUUAGCUACGAGGGAAUUCGGAAAGGUAAACGAAGACGGUUCUUCAUGAACAUCUGCAUGUGUUGUUUGGGAUAUUUUGUUUUUCAAAUUUGUUUUUUUAUGUUUAUGUUUUAUAUAUUUGUGGGGGUUUUAUUUGUUUUUCUUUUGUUUUUUGUUUUAUUUUUUAUUGGUUUGGGUUGGUUUGGAAUGAGGUGGAGAUGGACAGACCAGGAUUUGGCAAACAGGGAUAACUCACCAGAAGAAGUGGAACACGUGUAAAUAACUACAAGGGGACUAAGCUGCAACAUAAUUCAAGCUCACGGCAAGAUUUCAGUUCCAUGAUGUCCCCGUUGGCAUACAACAACAGACAUCAUAUCAAGUCACCUUGUCCGAUCACCCUGUCUCGCGUCUUACUACAAGAAACAUGGGACUGAUGACCCCUUCAAAACAAGGCCCGUUUGGGGUGAGCCUAUAUGUAAUCGGAUUCUACUGACCGCUUGGGGAUAUAACCAUUAAUAGCUUUACUUCAUAUAUCAUGUUAUUAUAUAACUUCUAAGCAUUAUUUUCAGUAUUAUGUCUAUACAUCAACUUAAUGAUGUUGAUCACCUACUUGUACAUUAUUGUGAUAUUAUUGUGACAAUCAAACUAUCGUCCUUACAUCUAAUGUGAGUUAUGCAUGUACAGGUCCGAGAUAUUCUUCGCUACCCACAUUGUGUCAGUAGCUCAUCAUCUUUAAACAGUUCAUGUCGUCAAUAUGUCAAUGAGUAAUAGUUAAUGAUAACCAGUGAUGAAAGGUGAAACGUUUUAAGAAUACAAGCAUUGUUCACUAUGUAUUUUGUUAAUAUGUUAUGGUUGUCGAAUGUCUGUUUGUGUUGUAAACGAAUAUGAUUAAUGUGUUUGGUGUCACAGAUGACCAAUGGUAUGUUAAGAAACAGAAUCCAUUCAUAAACCUACGAUAUCAUGAGCAUGUGUGUAUUAUUCGCCAUCAGUUUGGUAAUGAUAUCCUGUUUCACAGGUGGCACCCGUCAUAAACACAUGCAAAGGCAAGUCAACUGUUUUUCUGGAAGCACACCAGACUUACUUUUUUGUCACUUAUGUGUCUUUCACAUGUCUUCCAUAAAAACUAUACUAAUGCGUUGAAUACUAUAACCCAAAGUCAUAGUAAGAUUAUAAACAUGAUAGUAGCCAGGAGAACUAAAAUAUGUAUACAAACGUAUUACAAUAUAUUUAACAACC